UGCAAAGCUUCACACAGAACAUGAACAACAUGUCAGACUCGGAUUCGGAAGGAGGCGUGCCUCUGAUCGAGGCGGAGUUUGAUCCCACGGCAAACUCGAAAAAGAGAAAGGCGGAGGCAGAACCUGAAGGCGGCAUCGACAGCAAGAAAGAGAAGAAAAAAGCGAAGAGGAAGCAGAAGAAGCAGGCCAAGGCGAAGAACAUCGACGAAGAUGAUCUGGAUCAAGAGUUAGGUGUCAAUCAUGCUUUCGAGCGCAUGGACGGUCAAUUGGUAGCGGACUAUGUCAACGCUCGAACACGAUUAUACGGGAAGGACCUGAGCAGUGUCGAGCUGGAAGACAAGUUUAUCCCUGCACGCACCAUAUAUGACAGCACAAGCUACAGUGAACCCCGGAAACUGGACAACCUUUCAAGCUUCCUAAAGAAGCAGUUUGGCGAUUUGAAGCCGACGUCGACCAAGCCUCUAGGAGCGCCGCAUACCAUUGUGGUGACUGCUUCUGGCAUCCGGGCAGCCGACGUGUGCAGGUCGCUCAAGACGGGGCUCCCAAAGCAAGGCGUGAAAGAUGUCAAGGUGGAGAAGCUGUUUGCAAAGCACUUGAAGCUCGCAGACCAGGUCGCGAGUCUGAAGAAGAAUAGAGUGGACUAUGGCGUUGGGACGCCGGACCGGCUCUCUGUCUUGCUUGAGGAUGGUGCACUUUCAACAGCCAACCUGAAGCGUGUGGUGGUUGAUGUUUCGUACAUUGACCAGAAAAAGCGCGGCAUCCUCGACAUGAAAGACCUGCACGAGCCCCUGAUCAAGCUGCUGCUGAGGAAAGAGUUCCUGGGCGAGGACAAAGAAGGCGGGGACGAGCUGUUUGUGUUCUACUGAGAUGUGAUGCGAGAGUCGGAGCUGCACAAGAUACCCAAAGUUAGACAGCCUGGAAUAAACCACGAGAUCAGCGACCUGGCUCGGAGAUCAAGCUACCUAGGUCCGGGCUCGCUAGACUUAGGAUUCGCCGUCUCGGAAGUGCGGGCUCAAAACAUGUGCUGAUGCACCAUGGCACUCGCACCAUGCCUGAGCGCUGUGAUUCGGCGGACGCAAACGCAAAAGUAGAAACUAGAAACCCACAUGUUUGCCUGGGUGGUGCGGAUGCCGGGCGUGAAGCGGUCUGCAGGCGAAUAGAAGGCACUGGUGCUGAAAAUGCAGCGUGCAGGCCGAAUCACAGCGCCGACAGGCCAACAACAGCCAGAAUGCCGCGCGCGGCCCCACAUCUGUUGACAUGAGAAAAAUCCAC